CACGGGUUAAUCUAGUCUGUUAAAAAUUGUACACAGUGUGUGUAGCGGGCGCCCUUCAUAAUAAUGAACAGUCUAAUCCUGUCGAGUGUAAAAUACAGAGGAGAGAUUUGAGGGGAAGAGGGACGACGUAUGGGUUCAUAAAACCAUAAGUCCAGAAAGAUGUAAGGUCAGAGACACGGGUAAAGCUGGUUAUGCUGAGGAUUUAAAGUAAUAAUUGUGGUUGUGCUGCUCAUUGCACUUUUCUUCACAUUAGCGCUUAACAGUUUGUUACAUCCAAUGGAUUCUGAAAUAAAGCGAAAGUCUAAAUGGGACACACCAACUGGAGUGGUUGAAUUUGAUGAACAUGGGUCAAGUCUAGAAGCAGCUUCUGCAGCAGCUGCCAAGAUAAAUGCCAUGUUGAUAGCUAAAGGUAAACUAAAGCUACCAACUCUUACUGUACCUGCAGCACAGCAACCUCCUAAACAAAAAAUUAAUCUAACUAAAACUAAGGAAGAAUCAAUUAUAGCAGAGGUGGAGAUAAAUGAUGUUCCAUUGCAGUGUAGAAACAUGUUGACUCGGGGAUCAACACAAGAGGAGAUCAGCAAGAUGAGUGGUGCUGCUGUGUCUACAAGAGGAAGAUUCAUGUCAUACGCUGACAGAGCUAAAAACAACAUGGGUGAGAGACCAUUAUACUUAUGUGUACAAGGACAAAACAAGGAGUGUAUAGAUAGAGCUGUUCAAAGGAUCCGCAGUAUUAUUGAUGAAAGUAUGUCUAAACAAAAAGGAAAAGGUAGGGGAAAGAGUCGACUUUUUGGGCAGAUGGAACCUACUCCAACCUUACCUCAGCAACCCUGUCUAGGAACUCCUUUUGUUUCACAGCAGCCAUUGCCUCUGAUGUCUAUUCAAUCAUCUGCACCAACUUCUACACAGCCAAUUGGGCCUUACAUUCAAGAGAAGGUAUUCGUAGGCCUAGAACAUGCACAUCCAUCCUUCAAUGUACGUGAGAAGAUUUUAGGACCAGGGGGGUCAUUUCUUCAACAUAUACGUGCAGAGACUGGUGCUAAUAUCUAUGUAAGAGGCCGCGGUUCAGGACACUUGGAGCCAACAUCUGGUCGAGAAGCAUUUGAAAAUUUGUAUAUAUUCAUCACUCACCCAAAGCUGGAGGGAGUACUUGCUUCAAAAAAACUUUGUGAAAAUCUCAUUCAAACUAUUCAUACUGAGUACAGUAAACACCAAAGCCAAACAAGGACAAAUCCUGACCCUCUUGUUGGAAUGAUUGUUCCAGCCAGUGUUGCACAUCAAGGACAAGCAAUUUUAGGUCACAGUUCAACAACUGCGCUAAUUCAGCAGCCUAAUACUGGGACCAUUCAACGUAUUCAAGUACCAGCUGUUAUACAACAAACGCCUGGAGCAUCUCAACCUCAAGCCCAUACUGUAGCAAUUAAUCAAGGAAGAACGCCACAACCAGCUUCACUUGCACAACAAGUGGGAUUGGCUCAAGUUGGUAACACUGUGGUUGGAGUUGUCAACUCAGCUUUAGGAGCUAGCAUUGCCCAAGGGAAUAUUCAACAUGCAGCAAGGAGUCAGUCAGGUCAGCUAUUGUAUACCUGUACUGUACCUGCAUCUACAGGGGUUGUGUAUCCUCAUCUGCAGCAGGUUGUUCCCCAACAAGCAGCCCAUCAAUCUCCUGCACAACAGCAGGCAGUAUUGGUGCAACAAGUGUCAAUUCCAAGAUCAGUUGCAGCAGUACCAACUCAAGCAGCACCACAAGGGGUCAUUCAACAACAGGUUCAGCAACACAUUCAGCAGCAUCAACAACAGCAGCAAAUAUUAAAUGCCCAGCUGUCUGCUGCACAGACUGUUGGCUUAAUUCACACACAAACUGCAUCAUCUCAGCAUUCAGUCCUUCAAGGAUCAUCUCCCGUUGUGGUACAACAGCAGUCACAGCAGCAACAACAAAUCCAUCAACAGAUUCAUCAACAAUUACAACAGCAAAAAAUGCAGCAAGAACAACAGCAGCAAGCUCAUCAAAUUCGUCACCAGCAACAUUUACAGCAAAUACAACAGCAGCAACAGCUUCAGUCAUCUGAUGCCUCACAAGUAGCUCUUUGUGGUCCAAGUCUGUCAAGCAUUUCAACUGUCCAUCAAGAACAACGUCAGAAAAGACGAUUUCGAGAAGAAGCCCCAGAUGAUGAUUGCAAAGAGGACCUUCUUGGCUACCAACAUGGCCCUCCCCAUUUGACUAAUGUAGGUACAGACAGUAUACCAGGUAUAGCGCAGCCAAUGAGCAGAUCUAGUCAACCUCCACCUCGCCAAGAAGCACCAUUACACCCCCAGGGAAUGAGUGUAGCAGAUGAUACAAUUUUAAUGCCACCACCACCACUUUCUGUAGCGUCAAUGGUUGAACCACCGCCAAGACAACUGGAUAAACAUCUUAUGCCACCACCAUUACAUCCACCUGCUAAGGGUCAUAGGAUUGCCUUAAUGGAUGAACCUCCACAGAAGCGCAACAAGGGAUUAGUUUCAUAUGAUGCUGGUGAUUCAGAUGAAGAUGAGGAUAUUAUACGAUCUCCACAAGCACACACCCACUUCCAACCUAAUAAUAGUCCACAGCUUCCAGUCAUCUUCCACAGGUCACCAUUAUCUCCUACAGUUCAUCAUAGGUCACCAGACAAGAUAGAAUAUGCUUUCCAAACGUCUUCUGGACCUUCCCUCCGUCAACCUCCACCACAAAGAUUAAUUGUCUCACAAGGAAAUCAAGCUAAUCAGCAAAGAAUUGCUAUAUCCGUAGAACAAGCAGAGAGAAUUGGUAUUUCAGUCUCCCAGGGUGUUGCAAUGUCCCCUCCACAAGGGGAACCAACCGUUGUUACACACAGCAUACCACAAAAAGCACCACCAUCUGUGCAGCAUUCACUUCUGGGGGAAGGACCUCAAUACAAUCAGCAGCAACCAUUCUGGAUGUCCCCCCAUUAACUCUCCCUAGUUUUUGUAUAAGUUUGUUUUGGACACAUGUAUUAGGUGUCUUUGAAAAAAAAGGAUAAACUAUUACAGAGUCUUUGUAGGUGAACAAACGGAGUAUUUACAGGUCCAGAUCCAAGUUUUUUUUAAAGGGGGACACACCUGUAAAAUUGUGAAGUUAAUUACACUACAAAAUCUGUUCCGAACCGCGAGAGCCAAGUAGGCCUAUACAUGUACUUGACCAAAUCUGCCCCUUUACAGCUGCUGGAGAGGAUGGUGGUUCAAGUAACUACCUGUCAAAUCUGCCCCUUUACAGCAGCUGGAGAGGAUGGUGGUUCAAGUAACUACCUGUCAAAUCUGCCCCUUUACAGCAGCGGGAGAGGAUGGUGGUUCAAGUAACUACCUGUCAAAUCUGCCCCUUUACAGCAGCUGGAGAGGAUGGUGGUUCAAGUAACUACCUGUCAAAUGUGCCCCUUUACAGCUGCUGGAGAGGAUGGUGGUUCAAGUAACUACCUGUCAAAUCUGCCCCUUUACAGCAGCGGGAGAGGAUGGUGGUUCAAGUAACUACCUGUCAAAUCUGCCCCUUUACAGCUGCUGGAGAGGAUGGUGGUUCAAGUAACUACCUGUCAAAUCUGCCCCUUUACAGCAGCUGGAGAGGAUGGUGGUUCAAGUAACUACCUGUCAAAUCUGCCCCUUUACAGCGGGAGAGGAUGGUGGUUCAAGUAACUACCUGUCAAAUGUGCCCCUUUACAGCAGCUGGAGAGGAUGGUGGUUCAAGUAACUACCUGUCAAAUGUGCCCCUUUACAGCAGCUGGAGAGGAUGGUGGUUCAAGUAACUACCUGUCAAAUGUGCCCCUUUACAGCUGCUGGAGAGGAUGGUGGUUCAAGUAACUACCUGUCAAAUGUGCCCCUUUACAGCUGCCGAAGUUGUGAGAUGAUAAUGAAAGAAAAACCACCAUUGUUAUCUCGCAACUUCGACGACCAAUUGAGCUCAAAUUUUGACA